CGAAAAGAGAACAAGACGAGAAGUUGCUAGAAACGUCUAUUUUCUAGUUGUUAUCUUUGCGUUACGAAUUGUUUUUGUUUGAAAACCAAUCGAGUAAAUUCUCCGAUCGAACCGAGAAAUGUCCGUGUUCGGUUCUCUGAUGGGCGAUAUGGAAGAGGACCCGAUUUUCGGAUCUCACAUGCGACAUAUGCGCCAAAUGAGCAACAUGAUGAAUUCUUUGUUUUCCAAUCCCUUCGGCAUGAUGAGAGGCUCAAUGUUGGGAUUCGACGAUUUCGAAGAAAGCAGAGCCCUGGCCAGCCGCCACCACAACAUGCACAACUCUCUAAUGGCCCCUUUCGCUAUGCCCAUAAUGCCCAACUUCAAUAGACUCUUAAGCGGAUCGUUAGAUUCGAUGACUCCUUCUACGAACUACCACAGCUCCAGUACGGUUAUAAGUAUGACUUCGGGCCCCGACGGCAGGCCUCAGGUGUACAAAGCUACGUCCAGCACAAGAGUAGCCCCCGGGGGCAUAAAAGAAACGCAAAAGACGGUCACCGAUUCCGUUUCCGGUACUAAGAAAAUGUCCAUCGGCCAUCACAUCGGCGAUAGAGCGCACAUUAUAGAAAAAGAACAAAACGUACACACAGGUGAAAGGGAAGAACGAGAAGAUUUGAUAAACAUCGAAGAUGACGAAAAGGAUGAAUUCAAUUAUGAAUGGGAGGCCAAAACUAGGAAUAGAGCGGAAAUUCCGAGGAUUUCUUCUGGACAUUCGAGGAAUAGACACACUUACGCAGGACAUUCUUCUAUACCGGCCAUUACAGCAGGCUCGAGUAGUCGCCGACAUAGGGACAGAACAACGCAAUUACCAUCAUCACCUCUGGUAUCCGCUCGUAGAAGUAUAAGAUCCCCAAAACUAGCUUUACCUUCGACAAAUAGCACUAGGUACUCCAGACAUUAUUAAACUUUGUAAAUUCAAUAAAUUCGAGUAAAUGUCACUGCUAGUUGCGUCGUUUACUUACACGUAAGUAUCGCUCCGAUUGAACUGCGCUUAUUGAAUUGUAAUGAUUCGAUGAAAAAAUAUUUCGAAUAACCCCCUUUAGCGUUUUUUUUUUUCGUACUAACACGAUUCAUUUAUCGAGCAUAUGGUGGUGGUUUGUUUUCAUGCUUGUGGAUAAAAUGCGAUUUAUUUGUUGGUUUUUCAGCGCUGCUGGAAGGCAUCCGUACAGUUGUCCCAAUCAACAGCAACCUCCGAAGAAAUCCAAGUCGCUGAAGACUUUCUCGGAGUCUCCUUCGCCCGAACACUAGGCGGAUUUGUAUUCCACUUUUUUUUUGCGUAGACGUUUUCGUCGCGAUAGGUGUUUAGCAAGGCGAAAUUCGACAUUGAAUCGGUGUUAUUACAUUUCUUAUCUAUUGGAAUUUGCGAUACUUUGUUUCUCCCGGUUAUUACUUGAUUUUUCUGGACGACAUACCCCCGGUUGAAUUUUGUCUUGUUGCAAUUUUUUUGCAGACUUUUAUUUACUGUUUUUUUUUGAGGAAUUUUCAUUUUAGAAAAUUGUAGGUAUAAGGACGUUUUUUAUUUUGUCUUUUUUUGUUCCAUCAACAGCUUUACAACCUAAACAGGAAUAUAAAAUAAAUCAUAGCUUGUGAUUGUGCCAAGAGAAUUUUCAUAAUUUCCGGCUGUUGAUCGUUCUAAUUUAUUCGUGAGUAAGACUUUAAAUUCCUAAUUACGUUUAGUUUAAAUGCUGUAUAUGUGGUGGAUAUAUUGUUAUUUGUAUCGUAUUUUGUGUGGUAAUGUUAAAAUGUAAAAUUGUAAUCUAUUCAUUAGUUCUAGUUAUAUGUGAAACGUACGUGGACGAUCGAUUGGGAAAUUCUAGUUGGGCAUUUUGUGGAUGUGGCGAAAUUUCUUAUCGGUUUUACCGAAUUAAAAUGCUUGUAUUAUUGAGCAAAUACAAGGGUAAGGUGAACAGUUCUCGGCCCGACAACGAAAUAAUGCGAUUUUCAGUUGAAAAAUUACAUUAUUCUUAUUAAAUCGAAAUCUUUAGUUCGAGACAGUUCGAGAAUCGUUCUCAAUGGUUCUACACCGUUUUAAAUGAUUCUGGACCAUUCUGAAGCGUUCUAAAUGGUUUUAGACAGUUCUAAUUGAUUCUGGAGCGUUCUAGAUUGUUAUAGAUAGUUCCAAAUGAUCCAGGUCGAGCACUUUUCACACUACCCUCGUGCAUGUCGUUCACAUUAUGUCUAAUUAGUUCUGAUCAAAAAUUGCCUGUAUAAUUA